CAACUAGAUUAGCUCUGCUUUAAGCUACGAGCGUCCUGGAGGCAGUAAAAGCAAAUGUCAACAAGCUUCUUUUUUUUUUUUCUUCCCCGGUACGGAACAAAAAAAAAAAGAGAGAGAAAAAAAGCCCACGCGUAUCCGCCUCUCCUUCUCGCUCUGUAAAUAAAUCAUCUUUUUCCUGUGACACCUCUCAUCUUGUGUUUCAGAGCACUUGGCCAAAAUAUCUCCAAAUCACACAUGGAGACAUGUCAGUACCUGAGAGAGGAGCUGCAGCAGAUGACCUGGCAGGCCUUCCUGCAGGAGGAGGUGGAGAGUUACCAGAACAAGCCGCGGGAAGUCAUGUGGCAGCUGUGUGCUAUCAAAAUAACGGAGGCCAUCCAGUAUGUGGUGGAGUUCGCCAAGCGCAUCGAUGGCUUCAUGGAGCUGUGUCAGAAUGAUCAGAUAGUGUUGCUGAAAGCAGGCUCUUUGGAAGUGGUGUUUGUCAGAAUGUGUCGUGCCUUUGACUCGCAAAACAACACGGUCUAUUUUGACGGAAAGUACGCCGGGCCGGAUGUGUUCAAGUCAUUAGGUUGUGACGACUUGAUCAGCUCCGUCUUCGAGUUUGGGAAAAACUUGUGUUCUAUGCACCUGUCUGAGGAUGAGAUCGCCCUGUUCUCCGCCUUUGUGUUGAUGUCUGCUGAUCGGUCCUGGCUUCAGGAGAAAGUCAAGGUGGAGAAACUCCAGCAGAAGAUCCAGUUGGCGCUCCAGCACGUCCUGCAGAAGAACCACAGAGAGGACGGCAUUCUUACAAAGUUGAUAUGCAAAGUGUCGACACUGCGGGCGCUGUGCAGUAGGCAUACAGAGAAGCUGACGGCGUUCAAAGCAAUAUACCCAGACAUUGUGCGCGCCCACUUCCCCCCCUUGUAUAAGGAGCUGUUUGGAUCAGACUUUGAGCAGUCCAUGCCCGUUGACGGGUAGCCACACCCGCCAGGUGCCACGCCGUAUGGGGGGAACGUGGAGGAGGAAUCUCGAGACACUUUAUAUGGGUGCCCUGCACGGACCAGGUCGGACAAGGAUGGCACGCGGCUCGACGUCUUCUUUUCCCACCCAAGAGUCGUGCCGGGGGGGAGGGAGUCGAUUCACCAGGUGAACUUUUUUUGGAGCCAACACAUGUUGAGAACUAUUUUCACCCGGCUGAACUUUGACCAUCUUGUGCGCAUUGAUAGACGCGGGGGAAGGGAUUCAUAUGGCCCCAAGUUCUAGGUGGAUCUUGCAAUGCAGUCUGCUGAAAAUGAUGGAAAGCGCCACAACAUAGCAACUGUGGUCAAAUUUGGAAUUUGCAUAUUAUACAACACACCCUGCUUCAAUUCAGCUCUUUAAAUUAGUAACCAAGUUGGGAACAAGCUAUUUACCACUCUACUGCCAUCUGGUGGCUGAAGUCACGUUUCAUGUGUCAGGUAAAUGGUAAAUAAAUGGGUUAUACCUAGGGAUGAUGUUUGAUAAGAAAUUAUCGAAUCCUCUUAUCGAACCGAUUCCUUAUCGAUUCUCUUAUCGAAUCCAGAUAGGUUGUUGUAUAUGGAAAAAAAACACAAUAUUUGGUUUAACAAAAGCUCACUUUUAUUCUAUAAGAAUAAAAUAAAAUAAAAUAAAUAAAUAAAUAUUGACUGUUACCCCCCUAAAAAAAAUAAAAAAAAUAAAUAUUGACUGUUGUUACCCAUAGUAUAUUAAGUGGGAUUUUUCAGAAAAACAAAUGUAUACAGUAACAAAAAAACAACCUGUCUCUGUGAUCACUAUAGGUGUAUAAAUAAUAAUAUAGUGUUAAAUAAAAUCAGUCCCUUGGGCACAAAACUGAAAAUAAUAUAGCUCUCCAAAGAGUGCACUUCUGCUGCUAUUGGAACAUACUAACUACACACACUAUGAGACUAAGAACACCACAGUCGUCAAUCAACAAUUCUUCCCCCCUUACAUGAGAGCGAAGCCUGGCAAUAAUUGCCUGUUCUGGCCUCACUAUACGUGUUGAGGUUGUACAGCUUGGCAGACAGCUAACAAACAAUCCAAAGCAGAUUAAUCCAUUUAGGCUCUUUAUUGUUGUUGAUCUUGCUUUGUCUUUUCCUAUCUUUACCUUUGUCUUGAACUGGACUGUUAUUAUUUUUUGUUUAAACUGAAAUACACACAAUGACAAAUGUAUAAGCUAUGUGAUUCAAUUAACAUACUGAACUGUAAUACACAAUAUGUAAAUAUUAGCUUCACACAAAUAUACAGUACUAUCAUCAAACAAAUACUUCAGAGUGGUGAAACUAUUUCGAUGGUGGAAAUACUCGACUGGCAGCCAUUUUAAGUCCCCAAAACAUCCAUUGAAACAGUGGACAGAAAUCGUUUUUCAAUAAACAUCUUAGUAUCAAACUUAACUACUUUAAUAUUGAGUUACAUAAACAAGUUAAACAGUUUACUUACAGACUUAUCUUUUCCAAGGCUUGUAAGAGCUAACACAACUUGUCUACUUCUCAAUUGUCUCACUAAUGACGCGUAGUAUUUUCAUAUCGCCACAAGGUGUCAGUAAGAGUCUACAAUCAAAUGGGCAUAACAUUGCAGGUCCCACAGGGCAUUUCCUGUAUGUGGGAAGGGAUUCGAAUAAAGAACCAACUCUUAUUCUUUACUAUAGUGGCCUCGAUAACGGGAACCGGUUCUCAAAAAGGUAUUCCAGUCCAUGGAAUCGGUUCUUUUCUUAUCGAACAACCGGGAGAACCGAUUUCGAACAUCAUCCCUAGUUAUACCUGUAUAGCGCUUUUCUACCUUCAAGGUACUCAAAGCGUUUUGACACUAUUUCCACAUUCACCCAUUCACACACCGUUCAAGGCCCUAAACCGUGACAAAUGGGGGGGGGGCAUAUGAAUCCCCUUCCCACUGUAAUUGUACAAAUUAUUAAUUUUGGUGUUCAAAUGUUCCAUUCAGGCACCCAUACUGCAAUAAUUGUCCUCGUUCAAAGCAGUCCAAGGGCGAAACGCGCACAUUUUGGUCACGUUCAGUCGCUUUCUUUCCCCUUUCUCUCUCUCUCUCUCGUAUUCAGUCGUAUCUUUCGGAUGCAUUUCUUGGGACGCAAAACCCGCAGCGACUCGCGGGGAGGAGGCUCCGUCGGCGCCUCUCCAUGGACAAUCGUUUGAAGAAGACUUUAAAAACAAAAAAAGGAAUUCUGGUAAUUCUACUGAAAAGUGAUUUUAGUUGUCAAGAGAAAAAAACGAGAAAAAAAAAACCCUCCAUCCACCAUUGUUGCAUAGUGAAAUCAUGUAAGGCCAUCUGCUAUUAAUCCUUCUCUGGAAGGGUGCCCUGGCACCAACACGACGAAAAGGGUCCAUUCCACCUGUUUUAUAAUGUACUACAGGGUAUAUGGUCAUAAGUACUUACUAUACAGAAAAAAAAAGUAAUGUUUAUAGAAUCUAUUUUAAAUAACAUGUAUGAUAUUGGUAGUUAGAUGAUUCUUAAUUGUUCAAUUGAUAAGGCACUUUUAGUUACACCUUUGUUUAAUUUAAGACGUGUAUAUUUACCUAGUGAUGUGUUGCAUGUGCACAAAUACGAGUUGAACCGCGGCCACCGAGGCUGUGAGUCCUGGGAGCUGGAGGGGGGUCUUGUCUGGCGGGGAGGAGGUGGGCGUUGCUGCAUUGGGGGGGCCGCGAGAAGGCAGAUGUCGGACACUCCCGUCUAGUGUUGCUGUUUGUUAAAGCACACAAAAUGCAAUAGGUAUGAGAUGCAAAUGAGAAAAAAAAACUUCCUUUCUAGAAGAUGAUAUUGUUCACCACUGCUGUACACUGGAAACAAGAGCGGACACGAUAUAAGCUAAAAGGACUAGAUUUUAAGAAAGAAAUAUGCUGAAAACUGGUGAAUUUAUCUGUCCAUGCAGAUUUAAGACAUCCUAAAUAAAUAUUUGUAGAUAUACACUGUAAAAAGUCAGUGUUCAUAAACAAGAAAAAAAUUUAAAAAUUGGGGGUAUUUAAUUUUAACUAAGCAAAAUUAUCUGCCAAUAGAACAAGAACAUUUGGCUUGUCAAGACUUUCCAAAACAAGUAAAAUUAGCUAACCUCAAUGAACCCAAAAAUACCUUCAAAUAAGUACAUUCUCACUAAUAACAAGUGUACGUAGCCCCUAAGGGGACAUGGGGGAGAAAAAAAAUGUAUAUAUUUUU